GUGAAUGAGCCCCUCUUCCUACUCAUGCGGAGGUUGUUAUUUGCUCCUCUUCUCCCGCACGCAGUUAGGACUUCGUUUCUACAACUUAUCUUUCCACGUUUGCUUGGCCUUAUCCGCUCAGUCUGCUUCUUUGCUUAACUAGGCUUCGGUUCUAUCUUCGAUUCUUUGGGCUUUAUCAUUUAUCUUUUAUCAGAAAUGGGCCGAACCGCUACUGUAUCUCCACGCCCCAACAAUUGCCCCCAAUUCAAAGAAGAGGAGGGCACCAAUCUUGAAAAAUUAAAGAGCCAGCCGAUUCUUUGAAUUUUUUCAUCAUGACAUUGCCUCGGAAUGUGUAAGGCCGUCAGCCGUUCGGUAUCAAUCAAUCACUACUAUCUUCUUCCCUUAGUGCAUUAGUUCAGCAAGAAAAACUUCCUCUCCUCUCCUUUCGAUCUCUUGCAAAUCCAGCCAGCGCCUUGAUUCUUCAUGGCUUCACAACCCUUCAUUCCGCAACACAUUUUAGAUCCAAAGAACUCAAAGCAAGCGAAACUUUCAGAAUAUCAUGUCGACUUUAUCAGGUCAUCUAUCGGCUUUCCCCAUGAUGCGGUUAUUCGUUUUCCAGCAGCGAACGAGAGGAUAGAUUGGUUCUGUGAUGGUUGGGUAAACUUCUUGAUGUACCCUUUCAAGAUAGGUAUGAAAUUCCCAUUCUCACGUCUAGUUCGAGACUUUCUUGCUUUUGUCUGAGUAUCGCCUUCCCAAAUCAUGCCCCAAGUAUGGAGGGUACUCAGAGCUUUAGAGGUCUUGAGUGAGAAACAUAGCUUGGCCCUAGAUUUUGAAGACUUGGGUUUCACCUACGACCUCAGAUCUUCAGGAGCCGGUCGCUUUACCUUAGCAGUGAAGGAAGGAAAAGAGGCCCUCAUUCAUAAGGUGGACAAAGCUAAUGACCGGGGAUGGAUGAACUUGUACUUUUUGUGAAUAAAGAGUCGUUAGGUGCUGACGGAUCAUUCCUGGAAGAGAAUUUACACAAAGAGAGGAAGACUAUUCCACUGGUUCCCGGUCUGCAUUCUGAAGAGAGAAAUGCCAGGAUUCUUUCGUUCCCUAUUGAGGAUCGAACUUACGUGAACUUGGUGUCAGACUUUCAAGGUACGUCGCCUCUUCCUGUUGAGUCUGAUUAUGGGGGGUUAAGGCGGUCUCGUAGGCACACCCCUACCGCACACGAUUUGAAUCAGAAUUCACAUGUCGUUUCCGUAGAAGAUUCAGGGCAAGGACCUGAAGUUUCCAAAGAUGACGGCGAGGGUAUGAGCGCUUUCGUCCCUUUACAAGUUGUUUUUCCGAUUGUUAAGAAUACUCCUGUGCCCCCACUCAAGGAUUCUACUCCUAUUGCAGCUACUUCAUCAAGCACUUCUCGUUCCGUCCCUUCUGACCACGAGUUGUUGGCUAUGGCAUCGAGGAGGAAAAGGAUGCCCUCUAAAUUGUCAGCAAAUCCUCCAAAGGUUCCCAAGUACCCGACGCCUGAUACUGCCUCAGCCCCUAAUGCCCCCCAUGAGGAACAUGGGGUUGAUACCUGGGCGAAGCCACCACAAGUUAUGCACUUAUCACUUUCCUCGGAAUUCUAUCAAUUGAAAGACGCUUUGACCAUGAAAGACGAAAUGGCUCAAUUUCAAUUGGCCUCCUCUGCUCCCUUUUUUGACUGCUUGCCCCCUACCGGUGUUAUUGCUGCUUCCUCCGCUUAUGCGUUUCAGAGUGUUCAAGCGAGCCUUGUUGUUGCUGCUCGUGUCUCUUUAUUAGAGAGAACCGUUGAUGAACUGAAACAGAAGGAGAUUUCCCUAGCAUCUUCACUUGAUAAGAGUGCAAAGUUAGUUCGAGAAUUGGAAGACAAAAGCUCUACUCAAUCUGCCCAGAUACUGCAGCUCAACGCCAGAGUCAAAUCCUUGGAAGCUUAUGGUCGAAAAAAGAAACAAGAAGUAAUUGACGCCGCCUGCUAUUAUGUCUGGAAGACCAAGGGUGAGUUGAUGACAUCUUUUAUUAAAGGAGAAAUGACACACCGGUCAGCGGAACGGGACGUAGCUACAUGGCAUAAACUGAGGGAAGAGAUGGAUCCUCCUGUAGGAGAAGACGGCUUCGAGGUGGGUCAUUCUGACGAUGAGAUUGAUCCUCAGUGUUUACCGGUCAGAUGAUCAUGCAUACAUCUUUUUUGUAAGUCUGCUGGAUUACAAACAUUCCCUGCUUUUGAAUUACUCUCACACUUUUCAACUUGCGUUAAGGGUUCUCGGUGGUUUAUCCGGGACUUAACGCCUUAUUGCGCUACUCAUGGGCUUCACGCUUGGCGGUUCAGCCUAGCCCUGUCCACACCAUUAUGUGAAUCUGUCACUGCUUU